AUGGAAGUAAUUAUUGGAGCAGAGUUCUGCUGUACAACAAUGGGGAGACAGAGAGACGGUUCGAUGACGGCGGAGGGCCACAACGUCGACGCGAACCUAUUGGGUAUAGGUCGCGAUCACGGCCAUUACUUCUCGAAGAAAACAUUCGGCAAGCCCACGUACUGUCAUCAUUGUUGUGAUAAAAUAUGGGGUAUGCUCACGCAAGGAUACGCCUGCGAGGUGUGCAACUUUGUGUGUCACGAGAAAUGUUUAAAAACCGUCGUAUCUUACUGUAGCGGAGUGGCAUUGCAACUGAUCAAGAACCCUGUUGCUCAUACAUGGUCGCAGCCAGGUUUGAUCAAGCGAAAAUUCUGUUGCGUGUGCCGUAAGCGAACGGACGAAGCGUUAUCACUGGAAUGUGAAGUAUGUGAAUACUACGUCCACGUAGACUGUUCCGAUCUCGCUGUUUCCGAUUGUAAAGAAGCUGCCACCUACGUUCCAAAUUUGGACAGCACCACUCAUGAACAGUUCCAUCAUAUGCGUGAAGGAAAUCUGCCAAAGGACAGCAAAUGUGUGGUAUGCAAGAAAAGUUGCUGGUCCGCCGAAUGCCUGGCCGGAAUGCGAUGUGAAUGGUGUGGAGUGACGGCACACGCUGUUUGCUAUCGACAGAUGCCGAAGGAAUGCGAUUUUGGUGUUUUGCGAAAAAUUCUACUACCACCAUCAUCGUUGACGAUACCUAGGACGGAAUUACCAAUGGAACAAUUGCUAGCGAUAACAGCAAAUGAUCCACCACAGUCGCGUAAGGUGUCUUCGCCUUCAAAAAUUCAACCGGACGACGUAUCAUCCUCGGGUGAAGAUGUGAAGGAACGUGAAGACACCGAAGUUUUGCGAGUAUUCGAUGGGAACUCGUCACUACGAGCGCAAGUCUGUCGAACAGCAAGCGUACCGAAAACUGCUACAGUGCAACAGAUUCGCGAUGCUGCACUUCGAAGGUUUCACAUCACUGACAACCCGGACAACUACUACGUAACUCAAGUCGUCAAUGAUGAUUAUUCAGCAGGUGAUGAGGAAACGCUCGAGGAUCCGGUUCCUCUGCGCAAUGUGAAGCGGCCUGAAGGUCGACGGGCACAGAUUUUCCUUAGGUACAAAGAUGAUCCUGACAAAGAUGUCGUCAAACUCUAUGGCGGGUGGUUAAGGGUUCCCGUAACUUUUUGUUCGUUGACUGUAACACGUGACACAUUGGUUCAAGAUGCCCUUGCCGAUGCAUUACAAAACUUUGGAUUAGAUCCCAGCACAUGGAAUAGAUAUAAUCUAAUAGAAGUAUCUCUGGAUCGUGGUGUCGCUGAGCGGACAUGCAAUCCACAAGAAAACAUGUUACAGCUGGUUCGAAAUCUUCGCAAGGAUUCUUUGCGACGUUACCAUGUUGUGCGAUUUUACGUCCAAGAGAAGGAAGAUCCACAUGAUCACGCCGUUUUCGUAGGGAAUCUUCCUGUAUCACUUGCCCAGCGGCAAUAUGAGCGCAUACUGCUCAAAUUGUUAGGAGCAAAAGAGAAACCUUUUACCGCGAUUGGCCCAAUUUACUUCGAAUACGGUUCUCUUGUGAUCACCUUUAAUACGCCGAAGGCAGCGACAGCAGCCGUUCAACGUUUGCAGAAUGCUAUCUACGAAGACAAAAAGCUUAUUGUUUUGUGUCUUCCAAAUGUUCAGCCCCAUAUGUUACCACCUGAUGCUGAACCGCUAUUGGUAUUGGUUAACGUGAAAAGUGGAGGAUGCCAAGGAACAGAGUUGAUCCAGUCUUUCCGCAAGCUUCUUAAUCCAUUCCAAGUCUUCGAUGUUCUUAAGGGUGGCCCUUUAGUCGGCCUUUACGUAUUCCGCAACAUUCCUAAGUAUAAAAUUCUUGCCUGUGGAGGCGAUGGAACAAUAGGAUGGGUCCUACAGUGUUUGGAUAUCGCUAAGCAGGAUGCUGCUUGUUUCUCGCCGCCGUGUGGGAUAGUGCCACUGGGAACCGGUAAUGAUUUGGCGCGGGUCCUCCGUUGGGGUGGCGGUUACACCGGAGAAGAGAAUCCGCUGGAUAUUCUGAAGGACGUUAUUGAAGCGGAUGAGGUUCGACUAGACAGAUGGGCAGUUGUCUUCCACGAAGAGGAGCGAAGUCAACCUCCGAACCAGGCAUCAGCUGCAAAUCCAGCAGAAACGGACCAGACCAUGAGCAAUCCCGAAGACCAAACGAGCAUGAUUAUCAUGAAUAACUAUUUUGGAAUUGGUAUUGACGCUGACGUGUGCUUAAAAUUCCACAACAAGCGCGAUGCGAAUCCUGAGAAGUUUCAAUCGCGAUUGUUCAACAAAACCCAAUAUGCAAAGAUUGGUUUACGGAAGAUGUUCUUUGAACGAUCCUGCAAAGACCUCUGGAAACGUAUAGAGGUGGAGGUCGACGGUCGUCCUAUUGAAUUGCCGAACAUCGAAGGAAUUGUUGUACUUAACUUGUUAAGUUGGGGUAGUGGUGCAAAUCCAUGGGGUACAGCAAAGGAAGAGAGUCCAUUCCAGAAGCCAACGCAUUACGAUGGACUUCUAGAGGUAGUCGGCAUCUCUGACGUUUCGCGCUUGGGUCUUAUUCAAUCAAAAUUAGCUGCAGGUACAAGAAUUGCUCAAGGAGGAAGUAUUCGCAUAACCACCCACGAGGAAUGGCCGGUACAAGUCGAUGGUGAACCGCAUAUCCAACCUCCGGGCACAAUUACUAUACUUAAGUCUGCAUUGAAGGCGCAAAUGCUGAAGAAGGCGAAGAAAAGUCGCCGUGGUGCGACAUCGUCGCAAGUACGAGCGGUGGCCAGCGAAGGCUCCCCGUAUGGUCCGUUGGGCGUACCGUCGUCGUUGGACGCAGCUCACGGCAAAUCCACGCCUGAAGCGCUUGGCGACUCCGACGAAGAGGGCGACGCCUUCCUCUGA